AUAAAUAACAUUCACAAUGGCAAAACACAAACAGAAAAAAAAUGUAAUCAUGAGAAUAGAGCACGGACAGCUUGUCUAAUAAGGAUAUUUCUUUAAGUAAAUGAACCCGUUUUUACAGCAUCGCUCACUCGACGCGACUGUUUCUCUGCAGCAUUGUCAACAGACUCUCCAAGCGCGCUCACGAUAACGUGCAGGUGCGCCAAGCGCGUUCUCGCGCCAAAGUUUGAUGAACAGCGACCUCUAGUCACAGUUUUCUCUAGGUCACCAAUUUCGGCACAACACCUGUUUAAACCGGACAAAAUUUCUAACCAACAUGCACUGCUUCAAGUCCAGCGCCGAUCGAUCUACGCAGCGUUGCAUGAAGUCGAACACGCCUAAUGCUUUCGUUGCCUUUCAUCAUUUCCGAUUACGUCAUUGAGGCCCGUCCUCCUCCGAUCAAAGUCCGUUGGACAACAACGCGCAAUGUUUAGUUCCGCACAACCAGGCGCUGUGAAAUAUGCCUUGGUGCAAACAGGGAACCACAGACAAGCUUGUCCGAGAGUUUCUACGCACUGGAUCCGCUGCAAGGAACAAGAUGAGUAAAAACUGGAGUGUGAUUGGUGGAGUAGCUGCUGCUAUGGUGGCUGGAGUGUACGUUUUAUGGGGGCCAAUUUCAGACAGGAAGAAGAAGAGAAAAGGUAUGGUUCCUGGUCUACUUAAUCUGGGGAACACAUGUUUUAUGAACUCGCUACUCCAGGGCCUUGCAGCUUGCCCUUCGUUUAUCAGAUGGCUUGAAGACUUUACUAGUGAAAGCAGCACCCAUCCAGAGAGAACAGAGAGAGACACUCAACUGUCCAGAUCUUUGAUGCAGUUAAUUAAAGCUCUGUCGAGUCAAGAUCAUGGAGAAGAUGAUAUUUUAGAUGCAGGAUGCCUGUUAGAAGCUCUUGGACUUUACAGAUGGCACAUCAGCUCCUUUGAGGAACAGGAUGCUCAUGAACUCUUUCAUGUUCUCACAUCCUCACUGGAAGAAGAAAGGGAACGCCAAACCAGAGUCACUCACUUAUUUGACAUGCACACACUGGAGAAAUCUGUGGAGUCAAAUGAAAAAAACAUAAGCUGCAGAAGUGGAGGUCCGUCACAUCCUAUUCCGAGUUUAUGGAGGACUCGGCACCCUUUUCAUGGGCGGUUAACAAGUUACAUGGCUUGCAAGCGCUGUGAACAGCAGAAUCCGGUGCACUAUGAUUCUUUUGACAGUCUGUCUCUUUCAAUCCCUUCAGUUCAGUGGGGCCGACCUGUUACUCUGGACCAGUGUCUUCAGCAUUUCAUUUCCUCUGAAACCAUCAAAGAGGUGGAAUGUGAAAACUGUACCAAGCAACAGGCUGGAGCGCUUGUGAAUGGACAAGAGAGUCAGAGGACAACAUUUGUUAAGCAGCUGAAACUUGGAAAGUUGCCUCAGUGCCUCUGCAUACAUUUGCAGAGACUGACGUGGUCUAAAGAAGGCACUCCUAUAAAGAGACAAGAGCAUGUUCAGUUCACAGAGUAUUUGUCUAUGGAUCGAUACAAACAUUGUACUGCUGGGCAAAACCUGCAGAGGACCAGCAGAACAAAUAAGCUUGAAUCUGAAGUCAAAGCUGUUGGGGAUCCAAAAGACAAACCCAUUGCCAAUGGUGUUGAUCCAGAACACUGUAACAACAACAAGACAUUGUCCAAUGGAACCCUUUCCUCUGUCUUUCUGCAUUCAUCAGGACUGAGCUCACAGCUUAACCUCACUUAUAACUACAGUGCUUCAGAGUACCUCUUUCGGUUAAUGGCCGUGCUGGUUCACCACGGUGAUAUGCACUCGGGACAUUUUAUCACUUACCGCCGUUGCCCUGCUGCCCGUAAUGGAACCUCUCCAUUCAGCUCCCAGUGGCUCUGGGUGUCUGAUGAUUCUGUAAGGAAAGCAAGUCUGCAGGAGGCGCUCUCCUCCAGUGCAUAUCUGCUAUUUUAUGAGCGAGUGCAAAGACCUGGUCUGAGGUAAAGGAUUAGCAUCUCUGCUGGGUUAGUUAUCCUUAGUUAUUCUACAAUAGCCUUGUGCGUCAUCCAAUGCUAGAGCGUUAACCCUCGUUCCUCCCCGUUCCAGGCCAAACUUCUAUGGCCGAGAGCAAUCAUGCAUCCUUGUGCAUGCAGUUUGGCGUGUAUUUCAGUGCAUGUUACUGCUCUCUCUCUGUGAGAAAGAGAGGAAAGAGGAGGUUGCUUCUGCUCGUAGUUGCCACCUUAAUCCUGGUUAACAUCUAUGGCGUGUUUUUUUUUUUAACUUGUUUUGCUAUUUGUAGCAGGUGCAUAAGUCAGAAUUUCUCUCUAACAGUGACAUGGUGUUCGCACAGAUGUAUAAUCCCGGUAUUUAGUCAGCAAAAACUCUACAUUGUAUAAUGUUAUUUAGAGGCAAUUUGGCCCUGGUUUGUCGCCUUGAGCAUGAUGUCAUGAUUUGCUGGGAAGCAGGACACUUUACUUUGAUUCUCAUGCAGUUUUAAAAUUAACAUAUAAUGAUCAGUCUUUGAUUAUUAAUUACCCAUUGUAAUGAAAUUGUUUAAAUAUGUCCCUCAACAAUUAUCACAUGUAACAGUCCUUUGUAACAUUUAGAAUCUGCUACACUGUUUUUGCAACACAUUUGUAAGUUAAUUAAGAAAAAACAUAAAAUCACAAGAUGUUUCCUCAUCAGAUGUUUCUAAAUGUGUAGACCCAGUGUCCUCAUGGAAAUUUUUGGAGUUUUUUGUUUGUUUGAUAUACCUGUCAUUUUAACUUGAAAACAUUGCAGGAAUAUUAGAAUGCAAUUACACCCUUUUGUGCAGGUGUUGCUAGCUUGCAUUCAUCUAAAGAUCCAGAAGAAUUACAAGUUUGAUUUUCUGCCGACAUAAUUUUUUCCUGUAUGUAAUUUCAAGUGUUAUUCUGUAAAUUUCACGUGUUAUAUGUUCAUGAUGCUAUUUGCACUACAGUAUAUUUUUAUGAUAUUAGUGUGUAUGAUUGUAUGAAUGAAUGUUUUUCAUGUGUAAAUUAAAGUAAAUAAAAUCUGCAACAGUAAU